GAGGUUUGACUUGAUGAAUUUCUUCAUGGCCGCUACUCCCUCUCCCUCGGUGAGUGGGUCUGUCUUGUCGUUUUGAGUCUCGUAGUAGACUGCCUUGACCAGCGUACCGCCCACGUCAAUACCAAACCACUGGAUAGCCUGCUGGUGAUCUUGCGAGUGACGCCUGUAAGAGGAGGUGGUCGCUACGUCGGCGGCCAGUCUGGGCUCGCAGUCCACCGGGACGGCCAAGGUCGCGUAGGCGGGAGAGACGUAUUCUCUGAUUUUCAGGAGCUCCGGCUGGAUUUCUGGGUCGCAGGAGGGGGCCUCUGAUAACAGGAGUUUUUCGCUACCUGCAACUCCAUCAGUGCCUGCAGUUGUGAUGGCGGCGGCAGCGGCUAGGCUGUUUCUGUCGAGGUCGUCAGGCUCGCUACACCUCGAAAGAGGAGGGAGAGGAUUGAUGCAGCAGGUCCGCACGUGCUACACGACGACUCGGGGGAACAUGAUGAUCAACAGAAACACCAGGGUCAUCUGUCAGGGGUUCACAGGCAAACAGGGAACAUUUCACUCUGAGCAGGCUAUAGCGUAUGGCACCAACAUGGUGGGGGGUGUGUCUCCCAAGAAAGGUGGGGGUACUCACCUCGGCCUACCAGUCUUCAACACAGUGCAAGAGGCUAAAGAGGGAACGGGUGCUCAGGCGUCCAUGAUCUAUGUGCCGCCAGCGUUUGCUGCAGACGCCAUCAUUGAAGCCAUCGACGCAGAGUUAGAUUUGGUGGUGGUCAUCACGGAGGGGAUUCCCCAGCUGGACAUGGUCCGAGUGAAGCACAAGUUGGUGAGACAGAACAGGACGAGACUCGUAGGGCCCAACUGCCCGGGAGUCAUCCGACCAGGGCAGAGUAAGAUGGGUAUCAUGCCUGGCCACAUACACAGGCCUGGGAACAUCGGUAUUGUGUCUCGCUCUGGUACUCUGACCUACGAGGCCGUGUGGCAGACAACUAACGUCGGGCUGGGACAGUCUCUCUGUGUCGGUAUAGGCGGUGAUCCAUUCAACGGAACAAACUUUGUGGACUGUCUGGAGGUGUUCUUGCAGGACGGCAGCACACAGGGAAUUGUGAUGAUCGGCGAGAUUGGGGGAGGAGCUGAGGAGAAGGCCGCCCAGUUCCUCAAGGAGCAUAACACGGGACCUAAUGCGAAGCCAGUGGUAGCAUUCAUUGCAGGAGUGACAGCACCUCCAGGAAGAAGAAUGGGUACAAUACACUUACUGUAAACACUGUACAGUUUAGUUCUGUGGAGCUUGUGGAGCCACUCUUCAGGCAAGGGAGCAAGUCGUAAAAACUUUGAAAUUCCUAUAUACUGUAGCUGCAAACUUCUUGUUCCACCACACAACAGGCCAUGCAGGAGCCAUAAUAGCUGGCGGCAUUGGAGGAGCGGAGGAGAAGAUAGAGGCCCUGAAGGCAGCCCAUGUCCACAUCACCCCUUCCCCUGCUGGCAUGGGGGCUCUAAUUAGAGAGGCUAUGGAGAGUGACCGGAGACAUUAGAAACUAUUUAUGAGAUCAAACACUUGUGGUAUUCUGUUGUUGGCAAUAAAGAUGAUUGUACUAGAGCUGUAGAGUCUAUCCUAUAACGAACAAAAUUAUUCAGCGCGUUUUUGUUGAGCAAAUGUGAUGAUGUGGCCAUUCUUAUCACAUACGCAUUGCAGAGUCGAUAUUAUGUUGCCAAUAAUGUAUGCUAUCAGUCACAUAAAAGAUGAUAAAUAAGUAUGUGAAUCAUCACCAAUGGAAAACUUGUUAUGUAACAGUUCAGCAGCUAUCCACUCACGUUCAGUCCGUGUUUCUCAAUGUAGCUCUGUCUGGCCUUCUGGACUAGUUCUCUCUUCCUCUCCUCCAGAGACAGCUGUCUGUGCAUGGCCUCCAUGGCCGGACUGUAGUAUUUCCGAGGUCGGAGACUGGAGCUCUUGAAGGUGGGAGGAGUCGAGGUGAUGUAAGAGGGAGGAGGCAGGGGUUUCGGAGCUGGUUUAGCCGGAGGAGAAGGGAUGGGGUCGUAGGUCACCACUCCCUCCAGGAAAUUGGCUAUGGUGGCAUCCACACUCUGUGUUCGUAAGAGGUCUUUCCUGAUGGUGGUGUGGGGGACUUGUGGCAGUACAGCUGACACCUGAUCCACCAUUCUGUCCAGACCCGUUGG